AUGUAUGAUUGUGUAUUUUUGAUUACAAGACAUAAAGUGUCUCUAGAAAAAAUUCAUAAUAGUGAUAAUAUAAAUAUUUCAGUGCAGUUAGUACUAUACACAGGAGCAUUUUUUGAUAAUUUAAAUGCAAUAGCAUUUGUACUUCACCCUAUUAAGCUAGCUAUAUCAAUUCUUGAAUCACAAUAUUGUUUACUAGCUAAUUGCUUUAUUGGUCUAGUUCAUUUGGAAGCAGCAAUUAGGAAAUUUCUAGAAAAUGAUUAUUGUAAUUUUCAUCAACAAGCAAUUACAGUUUUUAAUAGAAGAUUUGCAGAUUUUAAUAACGAUGCAUAUAUUUUAUGCUUUUUUUUACAUUCUGAAUACACUAGAACUUUUUGGCAUAUUCUUUUGGUGGCAGAUAGUUUCUAUAAAAAAAUAUGUAAGAAACUCAAAGAAAGAAAAAUACUGAUGUCUCAAAUGAGAAGCUAUCGACAUCAUAUUACGCCAUUCGAUAUACUAUUUGAUGAUAAUGAAUCUCCUUCAGUUUGGUGGAUGUUAUUAGAGAAUAAGCUACUAUAUUUUUCUUCUAAUACUAAAAAUUUAUAUAAAGUAUUGUCUAAUAUAAAUUUUUGUGAUGAUGAUUAUAAUAAACAUCUUAAUGAAGAAAGACCAGUGAAUGAAGAAAAAUUAGCGAAUGAAGAAAGACUAGCGAAUGACAGAAGACCAUGGAAUAAAGAAAGACUAGCAAAUGAAGAACCUACUAAUGAAGAAAUGAAGGAUAUUUUCAUACUGCUAGAAGUAUUAAAAAUCGACGAAUUGUUGAAUCUUGAUGCGACUGAUUUUACAAAUAAUCUAGGUGAAUUAAUUGUUGAUACUAAUUUUGAAUUUCCUGAUGAGAAAAAUAUUAUUGUUCAGGAUAAUAAUAUAGAAAAUGAUGAGGAUUGGAAUUCUAAAAGAGAGACCAAUGCAAUGUUAAACUAA